UACAGCUAAUAAACACACAAAGAAUGUUCAGAAAUCUUAUCUCGCCCUUCGUAGCGGUUCUUGCUUUCGCCAUCGCCGUGAUGCUGUAUUGCGCAGCCUUUAACGUCCGCACAGUGACCAUGAACAUCGCAGGUCGAGCGGAGGAAACACCUAUAUUCUCAUCGAGUGACGUCGCCACAGAAUUUCGUCGGAACGUCGUUGAAUCCCCGUCUACCGCACCGCCCUCCUCGUCCACUAAGGAGUUCGAGGACUAUGCCUUCGACUACAGUUCCUGCGUGUGCUCUCUCUCCUCCAUGAGCCAUGCGGAUGUAUAUAAGGAGCAGCUGAGCCUUGUCAUCCCGUGGCUCAACCUCACCACCAGACAGGCGCUGGAGAGGAACCACCCCAACUUCCCUGUCAAUUUGCUCAAAAGCUUUGACGGGAAGUGGUGCAGCCUCUUGCCUCUACCCCAUCUAAUAAAUUGGAGCAAUAUCUACUUCCAGUCCCUGGAAGUCUCUACCACCACUUUCCUGCUCUAUUCAGCUUUCUUUGAUAACCGAGAGCUCACAGAUCUGCGACCCUGCAUCCGGAUAGUGACGUACGCGAGAACCAAUUCCCCGCCGCCCCCUGGUGCCACAUCUGGUUCAAUCUACGGGGCCGCCCGUCGUCUCUCGCGUCGCCAGGACAGAGUACCUGGACUGGCAGGGAAGGUCAGAGACGCGGCAGAUGACCUUCCUUCUCACGUGCCCGAUUCCCGAGGCCGAAGGUCACACUGUGCCCCUCGCCGUGUCUGUCGUCGCCCGGCCUUGCGAGAAAGCAGGUACCUUAUUGCAGGUGACGGGAGCGAUGGAGCGAAACGCGACGACGGCCUUCGAGGGAGGGGAGCCGGCGAGGGGAAGAGCGAGGCUGCGGGGGGGAAAGGGGUCUGUUUGAGUCCGUUUUCCCUCUUUUCCCUUUUUUGUUUUGUUCCUCUUGAUAGGCAAUAGUCAUUUCUUGUUUUCUAUCUUUUAGUAAUAGGGAAUUUGUUU